GGUGGAGGUGGUGGCGGCAGGAGGAGGAGGAGGAGGAAGAGGAGGAGGAGCGGGAGCCGCGGACCGGCGCCUCCCCGCAGCCCCGCCGCUGGGCCCCACCGGCGCCCCCCAUGCCCGUGUGGUGCUGCCGCUGCUCCUUGGCCGGUCCCGUCAGUUAACCGAAAAGCACUAAAGAGCAGAAAUGACGACGAGGUGCAGAAUCCCAGUAACGCAGUUAUGCAGUUACGUGGUGAGGCUACCAGAAGGUGAAGCGAGCUCCGGCGUUGGCACUGACUCACCCCCGUGCCCUCUUGCAUCUCUGCAGGACCAGAGGCAGUGAUAUCUUCACCAAAUCCCCGCCACUGCAAAGCUGUCUACCAGGAAUUUUUAUAAAUACGAAAACUUCUGGUACUUGCUGGCUUGCACUGUUCAAGGCUUAGGGACCACUAACUCGCAUCUUCCUAACUCAGGAUCUGACCGGGUUUGGGUAUGAUGACCUUACAAAGGAAGGACAUGCGCCUGACAGCGGUGCUUCAUCUGCUGCUUCAUAGGCACAAUAGCUGAGGAACUGCGUGUUGUAUGCAGGCAUUUCUGAGCAAGUUUAGCAGAUGAAGUGUGUGCUUCUUCAGUGACCUGGAAAGAAUUGAGAAAGAGCUACUAAAUAAGCAGCAGAUGAUCUAAAACAAGUCUUCAUAGUAUAGAAGCAUGUUUAGAGUGAAGAACUAUGAGAGGAACCCAAGUCCAUGUUGCAUAGAGCUGACAAAUCUUAAGGAAAUGACGAGUGGUGAAAACAGUCUCUCCUACAAUAGCUGACCUGAAUGAAAUUACAGUGGCCCUGAAACUGAAGGACAGCUUUUGAAUUCCUUCGUCCAGUAUUUUGGUGACAGCCUUGGGAGGAAGAUUAAAAGAAUGCCUUUAAUAGAAGAAACUGUUCUGCCUGGGGACUCUCUCCUUACUCUGCCUGUAGUAAUAAUAGGAAAUGGACCUUCAGGAAUUUGUCUUUCGUACCUGCUGUCUGGAUACAGGCCAUAUUUGUCUCCUGAAGCUGUACAUCCAAACCCCAUUCUACAUACAAAACUAGAAGAAGCUCGACAUCUUUCCAUUGUUGAUCAGGAUCUAGAGUACCUGUCUGAAGGCCUCGAAGGACGCUCUUCAAACCCAGUUGCUGUGCUUUUUGAUACACUGCUUCAUCCUGAUGCUGACUUUGGGUAUGACUACCCACCAGUUUUGCACUGGAAGCUAGAGCAACAUAAUUAUAUUCCCCAUAUAGUGCUUGGUAAAGGACCACCUGGUGGCGCUUGGCAUUCCAUGGAAGGCUCUAUGCUAACAAUCAGUUUUGGAGACUGGAUGGAACUACCCGGACUCACCUUUAAGGAGUGGGCAGCUAGCAAGCGCAGAAAUAUAAAGAAUGACCGAGUAAUACCAGAAGAAAUUGCUUGCUAUUAUAAACACUAUGUUAAAGUCAUGGGCCUCCAGAAGAAUUUCAGAGACAAUGUUUAUAUAACAUCAGUAUCCAGACUUUAUCGAGGAGAGGAUGAUGAAGAUAGAAGUCAACUAAGUGAAGAUAUUUCAACGCAGCAUUUGGAAAUGGAAGAUGGACAGAAAUCACUGAUCAAGCGAAACUGGGAAGUCAGAGGUUAUCAGCGAGCGACGGAUGGUUCUCAUGUGCCCUUCUGCCUCUUUGCUGAGAAUGUGGCUCUUGCCACUGGAAGCUUUGAUUCUCCUGGCCGACUACAAGUUGAAGGAGAAGACUUUCCUUUUGUGCUUCAUUCCAUGUCUGACUUCGGGGCUGCUAUCAGCAAAGGAAAGCUACGUGGGAAAGCAGACCCUGUAUUAAUUGUGGGUGCCGGACUUACAGCGGCUGAUGCAGUACUGUGUGCCUACAACAACAACAUCCCAGUAAUUCACGUGUUUCGUAGAAGAGUUACUGAUACAAGCCUGAUUUUCAAACAGUUACCUAAAAAGCUUUACCCUGAGUACCAUAAGGUCUAUCAUAUGAUGUGUACUCAGUCACACACUGUGGACUCUAAUCUGCAUUCUGCUUACACUAGUUUCCCUGAACACAAUGUACUUUCCUUCAAGCCUGAAAUGAAGUGUGUUCUUCAGAGUGCCUCUGGACUGAAGAAAAUUCUGAAGUUCUCUGUAGCCUUAGUUCUGAUAGGUUCUCACCCAAACCUUUUCUUUCUAAAGGACCAAGGACAUAGCAUAGGUCACCACUCAAAUCAGCCCAUCACAUGCAAGGGGAAUCCUAUAGAGAUCGAUCCAUAUACUUAUGAAUGCACUAAAGAAGCAAACCUCUUUGCUUUAGGUCCUCUGGUUGGAGACAACUUUGUACGGUUUUUAAAAGGAGGUGCAUUGGGCAUUGCACGAUGCUUGGCGAUAAGACAAAAGAAGAAACAUGAAUUGAUUGAAAGUGGGGAUGGAGGAGGUGAUGGGGUACCUUAAAUAAGGCAUUAGAAACUUUCACAUACGAAAUUAGACGUAGUCUAACAAAAUACUGACAGCAAAAGUUGUUAGCAGUCAUAUUUCUGUAUACAAGUAACCUGUACUUGUAUUGUUCAGUAAAGGAUGCUAAUACCACUAUACUUCCUUUUCAAAAUACAAAAAUUUGAUCUGCUGUUACAACUGAUCUCUACUCCACUGGAAUUACUUCCAGAGAAACAGAAAAUGAGACUAACUGCUAUUGACCUGCCUGUCAUCUCUUGCUCAGCUUGAAAGAGCAGACUUCCUCUGGGAAAAGCAAUGCAUGCCAGAGGGGGUUUAUCUUGUAGUGUCAAACCUGACAAAAUAUUCUUAUCCUGAAAUUAAGAUCAUUUUUAAAAGCAGAAGACUCCUAGUACAAAGUGAUUCUUGGUCCCAAAGCAAAUUUGGAGCCUUCUGCUUGAAGUGAGGAUUUUAUUUAUUUGCCAUAGUAACACAGGAAGAAUGAGCACUUAAUAAAAUGGUCUUUACUAUGCGAAGGAUUUCUGUAAGCUGAGAAGUAUUGGUCAACAGUUCCAAAUUAUUCAACUUGGAAAUUGGAAUAAAAGAACAGGCAUUCCCGUUUAAUCUUCAGUGCAUGAUUUGACAAUUCAUUCAUAUUUUUUCACACUAUGCCUAGAUUUUGGUGAGUGCAGAAAGACUAUGACAUGAAAUGUUCCCCUUCAGUGAUGUGUAUGUUCUGAGAAUACUCAUCAACAUAAACAAUAAAGUACUGAUGUAAGUGCUCUUA